CAGCCUGCCCCCAUGGAGCUGUUUCACACACCACGGCCCUCCACUGGGCUGGAGCUACCAAGUGUCCACUUUGUUCAGUUGGCCCCUUAAAUAUACAAGCACGUUUUGUCUCGUUAGUUAAGUCAGAGACCUCAGAGCUAACUGUCACUCAUCUCUCACACCCUGAGGUCAGUCCAUCAGUGACUCCUAUUGACGCCAUCUUGCACAUGCGUCUCUCUGGAGUCCACGCUUCUCACCAGCUCAAUUAUUGCAGCAGACUCCGUGUUCCUGCCUUUACCCCAACAGUCUCGUGCUGCUCAGCAGCCAAAGAUGUAUUGUGAAAACCCAGGUGCUGCAAAUAACCAGUUGUCAACCUCCCAACCGAGCCUCAGGCCUAAGGUGGAUGAGCAUGAACAAGAUGGCAACGAGCUUCAGACCACCCCCGAAUUUCGAGCCUACGUAGCCAAGAAGCUGGGAGCCCUGCUGGACAGCUCCAUUACCAUCUCAGAAGUAGCAAAGGAGCCAACACAAGCUCAGGUACAGAAAGUUGCUUCAGAGGAUGAUGGUUUCCGCCUUUUCUUCACGUCUGUCCCUGGAGGCCGUGAGAAGGAAGAGUCGCCCCAACCCCUCCGAAAGCGCCCGCCCUCCAUCUCGAGCAGUGAGGACAGCGAUGAGCAGUGGCGGCGGUGCCAGGAGGCAGCUGUGUCGGCGUCGGACAUCCUGCAGGAGUCAGCCAUCCACGGCGCUGGCACAGUGGCGAAGGAGGCAAAGAAGAAAAGGAAGUUGAAAAAGAGAGCCAAGAAGGUGGCGAUAGUCGCCACCACCACCCCCAGCGUGGCCACAGUCCAGAAGCAGAAGUCAGGUGAGCUCACCGGGGACCAGGUGUCGCUUGGAACCAAAAAGAAGAAAAAGAAGAAAAAGGCAAAGAAGGCCAGUGAGGCCUCUCCACUCCCACCAGCAAAGAGUGCCACAGUGGUGCCUGCAAACUGAAGCCAGCUGUGGGCACAGGGCUCAGCUCCAGUGACAGGAUGCCCCUGGGACAAGGCAUUUCCAAGCCCCACCUCCCUCUCCAAGUUCAAGGACUGGGCUGGCAAGUCUACACUGCCCAUAAGACCCUGAUGGUGAUGAGGGCUUGCCCAAGAGUCUGGCCAAAAAAGUGGCUGUGGGUGAGAAGCCCAAGCACGGCCUGCCCGUCUGUGCUCCCAUGGGGGGCUGGGGGCCUGUGGUUCCAGAACAUUGCAUGGCCUCGGGAAAAGGAGCCUUCCGGUUAUUUGAGACUAGUGGCCAAGUGGUGAAACCUCUAUCUCCCUAGAACUGUCUGAGGUGGGCAGGGGAAGGGAGACCUCCUCCCCCACCACCUCCUUAGCCUGGCGUGAGAAACCAUUUUUAGAAAAUGAGAGAAGGGAUCCCAAGAUGCCAAGGCCCAGAGAAACUUCUGUCCUUCUCUCCUUAGCCCACAUAGACGUCACAGAGUGUCUGAGAAAGGAGAGAUUUUUUUCACCCCUGGCUUUCUAGAAUUUCCUUUGUCUGCAUUUGUGAAUAUACCACACAUGAUGAUGUCUCUGAGCCGACCAGAUUAUGGAAACUCAAUUGUCAGGGGACCCAAACAAAACUGAGAGUGAGUUGGGAUUGCCUCUGUCAGUGCUGAACCUUAAGACGCUUUGAAUAAACAUCCUCCUCCUCUGUCCCCCCCACCCAAGACUUCAGAAAGUGUCACAGCGCUCGCGGACUAGAUUUCCUGUGACAGAGACAUUCUGUAAGAGGUAGAAGCUCACUGCCAAGCGCAGUGGCUCACGCCUGAAUUCCCAGCACUUUGGGAGGCCAAGGAGGGUGGAUCAUUUGAGGCCAGGAGUUUGAGACCAGUCUGGCAAACAUGGCGAGACCCCAUCUCUACUAAAAAUACAAAAAUUAGUUCGAGACUAAUUUUUAACAUGGUGAAACCCUGUCUCUAUUAAAAAAAUACAAAAAUUAGUCAGG